UAGCACAAGAAUAACUGGAGCAGAAUAUUGGGUCAAUGUUACCUCUUAAAGCUUUUCCUUUUUGAAUUAUAGAGGAAGUUGCUCUACAGAUUCAUAUUUUAUAUUCAACAUAAGAGCUCAUUAAGGAAAGAAAAUAUCACUUUUGUUCAAUUACUUCCUUACUUUCUCCGUUGCUUCCUCUUUGUCUUAAAUUUCCCUGAAUUUUGCAAGAAAAACCUUAAAACUUCUAACCCAACAAUGAAGCUCAACGUUAUGUCCCUGUGAGUAUGUUCACUUUAGAUACUUGAGUCUAGUCAUGUUUUGUAUGCAGUAUUUUGUUUACUUGUAAUCGUAUCUUUCCACUGUGGUAUAUGUGCUUCCAGUUAUAUGACUUCUGCUUACACUGCUGGCGACAAAUGGGAAAAGACUGAAAACAAACAGGACGGCUGAACGCACCGCUAACGUAAGAAACAGCUCAGUUUCCUUGAAAGCCAUUAUUAUUUGUUGGAAACAAAAAGUACCAAACAAUGAGGAUCGGACAUAUUCACAGGCUCAUCUCAGGUCAAUGCGUCAACCGAAAAACCAGCUCUGUAAUCUGUGAAAGGCAGCUGAACAUGCUACUAAAAGGUCAAACCAGCUUUAAACAAGAACUGAACUGCUCCAUGUCCUUGAAUGCAUCACUGAUGGCCCCUCCCUUAUCUCAAAACACAAGAGUCCAACUCUGUCUGUUUAUUUCCUGGUUUCCCUCCGCUUUUCCAGAUCUGCCAGUUUGAAGAUGGGUGUGACCAACAGGGUCUGCUGACAGUUAUGCAAGAAAGAAAAUAAAAGGGGUUUGGCUUCCUGUGAGCUGCUGUUAUUUGGCUGUGAGCAGCAUGAAACAACACUCUUUGUUCUGUCGAAGAAGGUGAAAUGGCGCAGAGAGGAAAUCAAACAGACGAGGUGAAAUUCUGCUGUUCCAUCUGUCUGGACCUACUGAAGGAUCCGGUGACUCUUCCCUGUGGACACAACUACUGCAUGAGGUGCAUUAAAACCUCGUGGAACAAGGAAGACCAGAAGAAACUCCACAGCUGCCCUCAGUGCCGACAGACCUUCAGCCCGAGGCCGGCGCUGGUGAAGAACUCCUUGUUGGCCGAGUUGGUGGAGGAGCUGAAGGAGACCGGACUCCGAGCCGCUCACUGCUACGCUGGACCUGAAGAUGUGGCCUGUGAUGUCUGCAGUGGGAGGAAACUGAAAGCCUUCAAGUCCUGUCUGGUUUGUCUGGCCUCUUACUGCGAGCAACACCUCCAGCCUCACUACGACUCUCCUACUUUUAAAAAACACACACUUGUCGAGGCCUCCGUCAACCUCCAGGAGAACGUCUGCCCUCGUCACGAUGAGGCGAUGAAGAUGUUCUGCCGCACCGAUCAGCGGUGUAUCUGUUAUCUCUGCUCUGUGGAUGAACACAAAGGCCACGACAUGGUCUCGGCCGCAACAGAACGGACUGAGAAGCAGGAGGAGCUCGAUAGGAGUCGGCAGAGGAUCCAGCAGAGAAUCCAGCGGCACCAGAGGGAUGUGAAGGAGCUUCAGCAAGAGGCCGAGGACAUCAAUCGCUCUGCUGAUGAAGCUGUGGUGGACAGCGAGAGGAUCUUUACCGAAAUGAUCAGUUUCAUGAAAAGAAGAAGCUCUGAUGUGAAGAAGGAGAUCAGAUCUCAGCAGAAGUCCGACAUGAGUCGAGUCAAAGAGCUUCAGGAUGAGCUGGAGCAGGACGUCGCUAAGCUGAAGAGGAAAGACGGCGAGCUGGAGCAACUCACACGCACAGACGACAACGCCCAGUUUCUUAAAAGUUACCCCUCGCUGUCACAACUUACCGAGCCUACAGACUCACCAAGACCAAAAACAAAUCGCAUGUGGUUCUUUAAAGAAGUAAUGGCCGCUGUUACAGCAGCCAGAGAUCAAAUGCAGACCAUUCUUACUGAGAAUUGGCCUAAACCAGAGAUCAGUGACAGAGAUGAGAUGUUACAAUAUUUCCAGGAAAUCACACUGGAUCCAAACACAGCGAGCCCAACUCUGGUUUUAUCAGAGGAGAACAGAAAAAUAACAUAUGACAAACAUAUGCCAUAUUCUAACCAUCCAGACAGAUUCAUCAACAGACCUCAGGUCUUGAGUAGAGAGGGGCUGACUGGACGUCGUUACUGGGAGGUGGAGAUGAGCAGACAUGCUGUAGUAGCGGUCGCUUACAAGAGCAUCAACAGGAAGCUCAAUAUUGCAAGUAUAUUUGGACGGAACAACAAGUCUUGGGCAUUACUUUGUUGCGAUGGUUUUACCUUCAAGCAUGAUGAUCGCUCAGUCAGCAUCUCAGCUCCUCAGUCCUCCAGAGUAGGAGUGUUCCUGGAUCACAGUGCAGGUUUUCUGUCCUUCUACAGCGUCUCUGAAACCUCGACUCUCCUCCACAGAGUCCAGACCACAUUCACCGAGCCGCUCUAUGCCGGACUCUGGCUCGGUUCUAAUGGAGACACUGCUGAGUUCUGUCAACUCAAGUAGACGAGGACCUUCUGUGAGUUAAGCAGCUUAAAUCUGCCUCCUCGGUCUGGAAGAGUAACGAAGAAGAAGAAGAAGAAGAAGAAGAAUGUAAAAUGAGCUCUUUGUAAAAGCGCUGAGUGGCAGGAAUGAGAGGUUGCUCUCUGCACUCGUGAGUAAAACUCAUGAAUUCAUCCUCCAGGUUCAUCUUUAAUACAAACACUGAUGUGAGUUUCAGUCUGGAGAUGUUUGUAGAUGAAGUGUUUUUAUACGUUUAGGACAGAAGAAGCUACAGAACUUUAUUCAUGAUCAACAUGAUUAACUUCAGCUCCUUAAUGUCACAACGUCCACAAAGCCGUCGUUAAAACAGUCCGAGUUAUGUAUUUAUACACAUUUAUGUUUUAUGACGAUGUCUUUAAAGUAGGAUAUUGUAAAGCUUGUUUUUAAUAUCUUAAUACACAUUGUGAAAAUAAGUUCAUAAUUCAGGUUUUGUUUUAAUUGAGCGUUUUGCUGCUUUAGUGUCACGUUUAAAUCUUACCGUUUACUUUACAAACAUUUCAUAAUCACAUCGUGAAACUCUGAAUAAUAAUCAGUUUGUAGACGACAGAUGAAAUGCAGCUUUAGUGUUGGUUAUGUAAAAUGAUCCGGGUCAAAGGUCAGAGUUUAGUGAUCGUAAAACAUUUGUUGUGCAACAAUAAGGAACUUCUAUAAAUAGCUCCGGAAUCCUGCAGCGUCAUGAGACUAAAGAUUCUCACGGUUCAUCUCAACCAAACGUCUUAAAGACACAAAACAUCCUCCACUCCACUCCUCCUCACUCCACUCCACUCCUCCACUCCUCACUCCACUC